UUGCUAUUCUCAGUAAAAAUUUUCAUUUUUAGAUUUCUAUCCAGCAAAGUGAACUCAGACCAUUCAAGAUUCGUGAAUGAAAGCCACUCUUACGAGCUUGAUGGAGCUGAUGCUCAACAAGAUGCCUACUUAAGUGUUCAUUCCAAUAAAAUUCUUGAGGCUACAGAAAAAUUGUCUUGUUGUCAGUGUCAAAAACGAUGGCAAUUAGCAAUUUUAGCAAAUCUUGGCUUUCUAAUUGUCUUCGGUAUACGUUGCAAUUUUGGAGCUGCUAAAAGCCAUAUGGCUAACAACUACACUGAUCCAUGGGGACAUAAACAUAGAAGCGAGUUCAACUGGACAAGAGGUCAACUUGGAUUUAUGGAGAGUUCAUUCUUUUAUGGCUAUUUAAUCACCCAAAUACCUGCUGGUUUUUUGGCAGCAAAAUUUGCUCCAAACAAGUUGUCAAGUUGCAAACUACAUUAUUUCGAAUUUUUAUCAUUUUUAUUCGCCAACUUUAAAAAUGCAACACCAAUCUUUUCGCUUAUUUAUCACAGCAAUUUCGCACUUGUGUCAUAUCCGGCUAUGCAUGGAGUAUGGCGGUAUUGGGCACCGCCACUUGAACGAUCAAAGUUAGCAACUACAGCAUUUACAGGCUCCUAUGCUGGAGCCGUAUUAGGGUUACCAAUAUCAGCAUUUUUGGUUAGCUAUAUUGGUUGGUCUAUGCCAUUCUAUGCAUAUGGUAUUGCUGGAGUAGUAUGGGCAAUAUUUUGGUUUUCAUUAACAUUUGAAAGCCCAGCAUUUCAUCCAACUAUAUCACCAGCCGAAAAAAAAUACAUCGAAGAAAAGAUUGGUAUUGUUUCAACAACAAAUCCAACGUUAUCAACAAUACCAUGGAAAGCAAUUAUGACAUCAAAACCGGUUUACGCUAUAAUUGUUGCUAAUUUUGCCAGAAGUUGGACAUUUUAUUUGCUACUACAAAAUCAGUUAACUUAUAUGAAAGAACGGCUUGGAAUAAACAUAAAUGAGAGUGGUUUUUUGGCUGCUUUACCGCAUGCAGUUAUGGGUAUAAUUGUACUUCUCGGCGGACAACUUGCCGACUAUUUACGAUCACAUAAAAUUUUUUCAACAACAACUGUAAGAAAACUGUUCAACUGUGGAGGAUUUGGUGGAGAAGCAUUCUUUCUGUUAAUUGUUGCAUAUACAGAAAAUAAAACUACAGCUCUCAUUGCAUUGGUUUUAGCUGUCGGAUCAAGUGGAUUCGCUAUUUCUGGCUUUAACGUUAAUCAUCUGGAUAUAGCACCUCGUUAUGCAGCAAUCCUGAUGGGAUUCUCUAAUGGAAUUGGUACAUUAGCUGGUCUAACAUGUCCGUUAGUUACCGAAAAAAUUACUGCACGAGGACCACAUGCAUGGCAAGAAGUUUUUUUGCUGGCCAGUUUAAUACAUUUCACUGGUGUAACCUUCUAUGCAAUGUUUGCUUCUGGUGAACUACAAGAUUGGGCAGAUCCAAAAGAUACAGAAGCCGAAUGGUUAAAGGGAACAAAUGCAAAAGAUCAAGGUAUUAAUUUGAAGUCUUUCCUUUUCCCUUUUGUUCUGCUUUUAGACAAACCAUUUACAAGUUGUUUUCUGAAAACAAAUAGUUGUAAAUCUGUGACCAUUGUUCAUGAGGAGGACGGUCGUUGUUACGAUAAAAUCACAAUAAAAUCAAUGAAUUUUUAUUAUUGUUAUUUAAGUAACAAAUAUUGGUUAUGGGACAACGGAUAA